UGUGGCAACAAAUGGAGACAGGUGAAUGAGAGCACAGCAGUUGCUGCUGCGCUUAUAUCAAAAUGCAUACGUGCAUGACGACGACACCAUUGCAUCUUGCUCUGCGAACACCCUUCACCAAGUUGUGGAUUGGAUGUGCAAUGACGGAGACAUCGACAUGACCAAAAGAGAGGGAGGAGGUUCUUACGACACAUCAGCGUUCAAGAAGUUUGUGAGAUCUCAGGCGAGGGAAACUCAAAUGUUGAAGACAGGGGGUGUUGACGAAUUGAAGCUGAAUGCAGCGGAGAUAUUGGCACUGAGCAGGAUGAAUGAGGUGCCUCAAAGAGAUCCUAUUGACUACCAUGAACUGACAACAAUGUUGGUGGACGGUGUCGAGUAUGUGCUACUCGACCAGAUUGUUGACUUUAUGAAGAGUGGAGAAGAGGACAAAAAUCUCAUUCACGAGGUAUUGCAUGAGGUGACAGCGGAGGCAAUAGUAGCAGUGGAGGUUGUCGAUGUUGAGUGUGUAAAGGAUCGCACACUCGACCUUGUAUCGGGGACUCCUAUGUCCCGGUGGAACAUAUUCGAAGUUGUGGAGGAGUUGACCGCGGCAUCGACGGACGUGGACAGGAGGAGGAAGAGAAAGCAAGGAUGGCAAAUGGUUGUUGCAGAACACGACACCGCAAGGACACACACAAGAGACAUGACAGUGCAGGACAGAAGUGUCGCAGUAUCUCUGGCGGAUGCCAAGACCGUGUUGAGGAAUCCUGCUGCGGAUGCAGUGACUGUCCAUGGCGGAUUCAGAGAGUGGAGAUUAGCAUCCAAACAUCCUUCACAUGACUUUAACGAAGGAGGUGGACAAGCAUCUCGGCAGGGAGAUGAUGUGGUGGUUCCUUGUGACGACAAGGGUGAUGCACAGACAGGACCGCAACAAGAGAACCCGACGUCAUGGGAGUUGGGAGUGAGUGACAGUGAUAUCAGCAGCGACGAGGAGGGCGAGGAAUACGACCCUUAUUGGGACGUAAAGCGAGGUGGUGUUAGAAUGUCACACAUUACGAGGAACAGUACUGAACGCUCAGCGCUGGCAGCAGACAUGACCACGAGGAGAGGGAAACGAUCAAGAACAACACGAAUGCGGACAACUGAAGAGAAAACCCACAAACAUGAGAGCGUGGCCAAGGUCACGAUCGAUAGCAAUCAAGAGAAAACAAAAUCGAGGAAGCAGGAGCAUGUUGAGCGCAGCAAAGUGGAAACGCAAAAGCUCGACAAGGGAGCAACGCACACCGAGAAGAGGCCACAAGCCACAACAAGAGAAGGCGAAGAAGCAACAGAGAGGACGACGACGAAUUGCAGAAUAAUCACAAUGGAGGCUAUGUUGGGGAGAUGGCAGCACCCGUCACGGAAGGACCCGUGGUACAACAGAAUGUACUUGGCAGCGACGAGGGGAACAAUCCAGUCAGCGGAUCUCGGACGUUCAGAGUCAUGUAGGAAGACGACACAGGGAAAGAAGGGCGAAAACGCAUCAAGCUCGUCGAACGGGUUUGAGGUUGUUGAUGAGACAAACAUAUAUCCACUCACGUGGAAAGGCAAAAGGGAGGAGAUCCGACCGGCGGAGGCAGAUGUGAUGUGCUUGGCCGUUGGGAAGUGGCUCAAURACAAUGUAAUGGACAUGUAUUUGUUGUCCGUAUACGAAGAGCAAUUGCAAGGUAAGAACACCGCAGCAGUGCAUGUGUGUACAACUUUUUGGCAUCUGGAGGUGCUCGCGAAUAAGAAAGUCGAAGCAGUGAAAAGGGGAUGGGAGUUGGAUGUGAAGAGUCGGACGAUAAAAAUUCAUCAACUGUGUAAAGACCUGGAGGCUCCACCGGUCGUGCUUAUUCCAAUUAACCACAAGCAUCACUGGAUGAUGCUCAUAAUCUUGAAUGUAAGGGAGUUUUGGACUGACGGCACAUGACCCAACGCCAUAAUCGUCGACUCGUGUCACGGGUACGCAACUCCGGAUUGGAGCGCGUUGCGGACAUU